UCCAGUCUGGAGUUCCUGUAUCUGGGUGGAAAUUUCAUCUCCCACAUUCCACCGGAGCUCGCCAACCUGCCCUAUCUGAGCUGCCUGGUCCUGUGUGAUAAUCGCAUCCAUAGCGUCCCGCCACAGCUGGCACAGGUCCAUUCUCUGCGGUCGCUCAGCCUUCACAACAACCUCCUGACAUACCUCCCGCGGGAAAUCCUCAGUCUGGUCCACCUGCAGGAGCUCAGCCUCCGCGGGAAUCCGCUGGUAGUGAGGUUUGUGCGGGAUCUGAUGUACACCCCGCCCACGCUCCUGGAGCUGGCCGCACGCACUAUCAAGAGUCGGAGUCUCCCGUACACACCGUGGGAGCUUCCAGAGAACCUCGUGAGAUACCUGGACCUGGCCAGCAAAUGUCCCAACCCCAAGUGUGGAGGUGUGUACUUUGACUCAUGCGUGCGUCAGAUCAAGUUUGUGGAUUUCUGCGGGAAGUACCGCCUCCCCCUCAUGCAUUAUCUCUGCUCCCCGGAAUGCUCCUCCCCCUGCAGCUCUGUCUCCUCCCAAAGCGAAUCGGACUCAGAGGAUGAGGCCAUGGUGGCGGCACGCAGGAUGCAGAAAGUACUUUUAGGUUGA